UGUCAAAUAUUCAGAAACAAUAACAAACCAGCCAACGUGCUCUGCACUCAGCUUGCAGUGUUAUUUAAUAACUGUGCCGGCAAUUGAAUUUAGCAAUGUUUUCACUUCUUACCCGAGGUUUACGAUCCACACUUCCUAGGCAAACGCGCUGUGCAAAUGCGGCGCUUAUCCACUGUUCGGCUGUUUACAAUGCCGAAGAUGUGGCCAGUGUGCAAAAGGCCAAGAUUAGUAAGGCAAUGAAGGCUUAUUUGGAGCGGGCAAAAGAGCAUGAAAGCUGUAUGGAAACAGCCCGUUUAGAAUAUAAGCUGGGCAAGCGACAUUUGGCCAACAUGAUGGGAGCGGAUGUGGAAAGUUUCACGCAGAAAGAUAUCGACCAGGCAGUGCAGUAUCUGUUCCCUUCCGGUCUGUAUGAUCCAGCAGCGAGACCCACGAUGAAGCCUCCAGAAGAAUUUAUUCCCAAAACAAAGGGAGCUGAAUUCGAUGAAACGGGUCGACCUUUCCACACCUUGUUCUACACGGGCCGGCCAAAUUUGUUUCAGCUUCUCUUUGACAUUGUUGAAAAUAUUAACAAACUAAACGCGUUGGAAGAUGCAACCAGACUCAAAGGCAAAUCUUUGGAUUCUGCGGGAAGCACACUAGACACGACGGGCUCGGAAUGGUUGCCCAAAGAGCUGUUGGAAAAGAAAAUUGUCGAAACCAUAUCGGACAUUGAGUAUGAAAACUUUGUCAGUGCAAUGAACCGUCUUGUGAGUCAUCCACUGUCCGAUCGGGUAAAAGGGUUUGUGUACGAGUACAGAAAACCCCUAAUUUCCAAGCUCGAGAACGAUACCAUUCCUACGCCGCAGCACGAUGCCGAUGGGCGGCAGUAUGUAACGAUUUACGAGUGUUUACGUAAAACAGCCCGAGGAGAUGUAACUGUGACGUUCCCGGGUACCGGAAAGAUUGAAGUGAAUGGGCAGGACCUACGCAACGUAGGAAAUACACAGCAACGUGAGCAGGUCCUUUUUCCGCUGCUGUUUACCAACAUGAGUGGAAAGGUGGAUGUUGCGGCAAACGUUUCUGGCGGAGGACCUUCAUCACAAGCAGGCGCUGUACGGUGGGGUAUCGCGAUGGCGUUGCGUAGUUUCGUGGACGCGGAGCAAAUUGCUCGUAUGCGCGUCGCUGGUCUAUUGACUCGCGACUAUCGUCGUCGAGAACGUAAGAAGCCGGGACAGGCAGGUGCUCGCAGGAAGUACACGUGGAAGAAACGCUAAAAUCGAGAGCAGUAUGAGAUGCGUGAGUGAAAAACUAUUUUUGUCGCAAUAAAUGAAUCGUUCUAGUGCUUGUAGAAUCACAAUAGCGACCGAUCAAUCCUGCUGAUGGGAAAGAAUACUUCAUCGCACAUA